AUGGCACCUAUCCCAGCAGUGAUGCGCGAAGCAGCUCGCUUUGAGAACCGUUACAGCAUAGACUGGACAGACCACAGCACAUACACCAAGAUAACGACAACUGACACGCAUACUAGCCACAGAAAGCUGGUAAAUUUCUCUCACGAGCUCCAGGAGUGGCCAUUUUUGCCCGUGGUCAUUGCGAGCGUUCUUUUUGCGAUUAUCGUGGUGGGCGUCGUCGCCCACUUUUGCUUUUGGGGAAGGCACAGGUAUCCGCGGCGAACUGCAUCUCCCGAGGAUAAGAUGAAGACGGAAGGCGCUGGGUAUCUGAAUACGGUUGAGGAGCCCUGCUCAGAUGGCUGGAUGUGUUUCAUUCUGGCCUGCCAUGCUGCCAUUACCCUCGGUGGUUUCUGA